GUACCACUCACCAGCUCAACUGGGCAACCUUCAAGCGACGUUGACACCUGCAUCUGUUAUAUCUCGUUGCGAGGAUCUAUCCUGUGCAGUUCCACCGACUCGCCCCUCAUCUCUCAUUCUCAUUCUUGUUCUGCUCUUCACGCAGGACCUGCUCGUUAAUUUUAAUUCCCUUGUUCUGCGCCCGUCCACCCGCUUCGACGGUUCUGCCGCUUCCCCUAGUGAAGUCCUUUUCACGCUCCUGCGCAUCCUGCCUUGCCUGCCUUGCCUGCCUUGACCAUGGAUAGCGCACAGACAGCUGCAUGAGGAGAACUAGGACACGACAGAGAGCAAGCCCGACUUGACGCGCAUCCAUUGCAUCUGGCACAAUGCCCUGGCGAAGAAAGUCAUAACGCGAUUUCAACCAUGCAGCAAAAUCAUCAUCCAUAUGGGCAACACCCCAUGCCCAUGCAGCCUCCCCAGAGGCGCCAUGAUGGUUCCUACACAUCCAUUCCACCUCCGAUGAGGCCUCAUCCUGGCUAUCAGCCUUUCUAUUCACAACAGAUGGGCCCCAUCAUGCCCCAAUAUCCGCAACAAUACGCGCCAAAUUGGUAUGGCUAUCAACAACAUCAGAUGCAUCCCAUGCAUGGUCAACGCCCACCAUACUAUCCGCAACACCCUAUGCCACCGUCCCAAUACCCUCCCCAUCAUGGGCCUAUGAUUGCACCUUCACAACCUCACGCACAAUCAUCACCGCGGCUUCCUCAGGUGCCAUCAUCCAUUCCUCCACCACAAGCUCUGAGUUCGGCCUCGACCACCUCUACUACCUUGGUCCAGACACCGCCAUCUCCGCCUCUCAGCACCUCGAGCACUGUGAAUACCAGGAAGGACACAGCGUCACCUUCAGUGUCUCCAGCUCCACAACAGGGAAUGCAAAGUCUAGUGAUUGAGGCGCCGCAGGAACCCUUUGAACCACCAGUUCCGUGGUUGUCAGUACAAGACGAGGCAUUCCCGCCUCGUGCCCCUCGCCAGAGACGUCGAGUCCCUCGAUCGAGGCUCGCCACCGAACCAAUAAUCUAUCCUGCCCCAGAGCCUGCAGUCGAGGCACCCGCUGAGGGAGAAGUAGAACCAGAAGAGGCAGUCCAUGAGGGAGAAGCAAGAGACGCAUCAGCGGAACAAACCACCACAGAGACUUCUACACCCUUGCCUUCGGAUGCACCUUCAGACGCGGCCUCUACACAACCCACCACACCUUCAUCUGCUGUUCUUGUGCCUACUACAAAGGCUCAACAAACACCCACACAACCGAAGGCUCGACUCGUAGGGCCAGUUCUGCCGGCAGUACCAGUUCUCCCACCCAGCCCUAGCGCUGCGCGGAGACCGCACAGAGACUCGACUGUCUCUACUCAGACGAAGCUCUCCGACUCAGCGGAAGCAGGUGCCGAAAAAGCCCAACCCGAAGUUACUUCUGUAGAAAACUCUGAGAACCCACGACCUGCCGAGAAUGCUGCUACUGUCGUCUCGCCCCCAGCACCGCCCAAGUCGUGGGCCAACCUUUUCCGUUCCAGCAAUACACAGGCUUCUUCCGUCGCGUCCGCAGCCUCUGAUCAUGCGUCAGUCGCUUCCGGCACUGGAAAAAGUGAGACUCUGUCUGACGUUCUCAACGAGAUCAGCUCCAUUCCUGAGGCACCUGGCAAGAUAUCCUUCCUGAAACCACGUGGUCUCGUCAACACCGGGAAUAUGUGCUACAUGAAUUCUGUGCUGCAAGUCCUUGUCUUCUGCCUUCCCUUCUACGACUUCCUGGCCAAGGUCGCCCAAAGAGCCCGGCAUGCCUUCAAAAGCGAUACUCCUCUAAUCGAUGCCAUCAUUAUGUUUGUGCAAGAAUAUCCUGUAAUUUGUGCUGCCAAAAAUGUUGAGCAGCUCCGUCUUCAGUUGAAACCAGAUGAUUACGAAAGUUAUGGCGACUCUUUUAUUCCAGAAUAUGUGUACUCAGCUAUCAAAGACCUGCCACGCUUUCGCGAAAUGCGCCGAGGUCAUCAGCAAGACGCGCAGGAAUUUCUUGGGUUCUUGUUGGAGGAACUACACGAAGAAUGCGCGCGUGCCAUGAAGACCGCCCCUUCUUCCAACUCGGGUCGGACGACACCAGCUGGCAGUGUUUCAAAUUUCUCGGAACAGCCUGACGCAGAAGGCGGGUGGAUGGAAGUUGGUCAUAAGCAGAAGCCCUCUGUCACGCGCUCAUCUGGUGCAAUUGCCUCCGAGUCCCCAAUCAACAACAUAUUCGGCGGCAAGCUCCGCUCCGAGCUCAAAGUUUCAGGCAAUAAGUUGUCUGUAACAUUGGAACCCUACUCGCCUUUGCAACUUGAUAUUGGCUCGCCUCAAGUACACAACAUCAUUGAUGCUUUGAAGGGCCUGACUCGCCCCGAAAGCAUGCAGGGCGACUUCUACACUCCGAGGGGACAAAAGGCCACUGCCACCAAGCAGGUUUUCGUCGAUACUCUUCCGCCCGUGCUGAUAUUGCAUCUCAAACGGUUCCACUACGACAGCACCACCAAGCGUGCCGAGAAAAUCUGGAAGAAGGUGGGAUACCCACUUGAGCUCGAAAUUCCCAAAGAGGCUUUCCCUAUGCAAGCUCGCAACAAAUACAUUGCUCAUGGAGGCUUGCCCAAGUAUCAACUGACGGGAGUCAUCUACCACCACGGAAAGAAUGCCAACGGAGGGCAUUAUACCGUGGAUAUUCGUCGCCAGGACGGUCGUGAAUGGAUCCGCAUGGAUGAUACGUUGCUUCGACGAAUUCGAGCCGAGGAUGUCGCCGAGGGUGGCAGCGAAGAAGAUCCCAAAGUCCUUGCUGCGGCCUUGGAGCGACACAACGCCAGUGGCAAUAGAUUCGGGCAGAUUCACCAAGAUGAGGACGAAGAUGAUGGCUCGGACAAGGUGUGGAAUCAAGUCAACGGCCAUUCAAGGUCCAAGUCGACAAUGAGCAGUCUUGUCAAUGGAUCAGCCACUCCAGCAAAAGAUUCAUCUGGGAAGCAGACCCCUAAUCCGAAGUACGCUGUCAAGGACAACAAGGUUGCCUACCUCUUGUUCUACCAACGAAUUGGCAAUUGAGAGCUGCCAUGACCACCAUACUGAUCUCAAUACGCUUCGCAGAAGACCAUGUGCUUUACAAGUGUAUUGCUACGACCUCAGCAUCUUCUCGAACAGGACACGGGUCACUUCCCCUUUUGGAGGGGUUUAUGAGUGUUUCAAGAAGCAUUUCACUUCUUAAUUGUAGAUAAGAAAACGUGCCAUCUUAGCGGAGGGUAUUACCAAAAGUCAAAGCCGAAGCUGACAAUGUGGAUGUUGGUCAAAAUGGUAGAGGUGAGGUGGGACGAUUGGUGACGGUCCAUCAUGGGAGGCAUGAAGGUGCUGGAGAGAUUUCUGCGAGGAGAUCCGUGAUGUAUGUACCUGGAGAUGAAGCAGCCACAAUAACACCGAAUUGUACUUAGCCCGUGCUCCGUGUCAAAGAGACGGUUUCUAUCUGGGGAGUACGCAGCAGCUCGACGGUACUGUAAAGAGCGAAGACCGUUAUGCACGGCGGGUGAUAACCACAUAUCAUGUUAGUUGAAUACGAGGGGCGCCUAAUCGCUGUCAAGCCUUUCAACAUGGACGAGCGCCGGGAGCGUAUACAACCCUCUGUUUCUCGCCCGCUUCUUGCUUGACGACUGGCGCCCGAAUGAUAACGACCCCUAUUGAUAAGAAGGAUACCGGAGUCACGUGAUCGAAGCGAAAAGGGUGUGUGUCUAAAAACACGCGGUUUUCUCAUUCAACUAUUCUAAUUAAACUAGCCCCAUUGCGGGCGCGCCCCGGACUAUCCUAUCUCCCAACACAGCAAGAGAAAAAAAACAAGAAGAAGACGAAGAAGAAAACAAGCCGCACUUGAGCGGGGGCCUUUUCUGACUCAGACCGAGCGUCUCCGGCUCACGGCGCGGGAGACAAAGCUCAGCUCGCUGCGGUAGUCGUCCCGCACGGGCGCAAUGUUCACGCCUCGUGCCCAGAGCUCGAAGUCGUCGCGAGAGAUCAUUCGACGAAGUUCUGCUGGAGCAGGAGCGGUAGGCGAAGCAGCAGCGACAGGAGAGGCAGGAGCAGGCGUCGGAGUGUGAAAGAGGCCGGGCGCAGGCAUGUCGCGAGGCGGAGUGAUAGGAGCGGCCUGGACGUCUACUUCUGCAUGGGGACGGAGCCGGACACCGGGCAAGGGCGUCGGUGUUGGAGCGUCUGCCGGCGUGCUGUGGAGGACCGGAGAGGGAGGCGAAGCAGAGACAGAGAGAGUCUGCAUGCUGUGGUCGAGGUGCCCAUCAAAGUCGUCGUUGUCAUGGUGGCGGUGAUGGUGGUAGUGGUGGAUGACACUGUCAAGCCCCUCUGGGCUGCCGCGUUGAGUACGUUGUUGGCGGUCCUUUUGGCGUUGCUCUUGGCGCAGGCGCAGCAGCACGGCGACGCAGAACAGGAACCAGCAGGCCAGGACGCAGGCAAAGACGGUGGAGAUGAUUGCCCCUUUCGAGAGAGCCUUGCUCUGAGAAGCAGCAGGAGCAGAAGAGGGUGUUGGAGGAGAAGGAGGAAGUGUAGCGGUCGACAGAGCCGUGGAUGUGACUGUCAGAGUGAUCUUGGAGGCGUUGUCGGUCAGGUUGAUGACGAUUGGAGCAAUCGGGACCGGGAUUUCGAGGAGUGUGACCAUCUGCAAGGUUUCGACCGGGAGAGAAGACGAACCAGUGGCUGUUGUCCAUGGUGGGGUGGUUGUGGAGGUAAGAACAGGCAUUGUGACCGAUGGCAGGCUUGUCUGAGCAGCGCUGGUCGUUGCAAGAGGAGGAGAGCCGAAAGAAGAGACCGAGAGAACCGAGAAGGAGACCGAGAGGGUGGUUGUCGUGGUGGCAUUGUUCAAGACGUCCACAGCAAGACCAGAAGCAAGACCGAGAUCGAGAGGAGGCGCGACAAGACCGAGAGUUGCUGGAAGCGUUGCAAACGCAACGAGAGCGAAGAGGAGAAGGCCGACCAUGGUGUCUGUUGAAGCGUGAUGUUUUCAAGCGCUUCCUGGUGGUGGUUGGUGGUUGGUUGGAGAAGGUCUGAGACUGCGAUCGCAGGAGAAAUGUUAGCAGAGACUUCGAAAAAUGAGGCGAGUUGAGAGCCUGGGAUAGCCCGUCGCCUUGGAUUUUCAGCGAGAUCUCAGGUCCGGCUCGGUUUCGAGUCCCUGGACGAAGACCAGAAGAGCUGUUUUGCACUUACAUUGGUGGUUGUUGGUGUCAAACUUGAUGGAAGGUUGGUACACUCCUUUCAAUGGAGCUUGGUUGUCUGUUUCGAAUCGUCUCACAGCUUCUGUGUGAGUAAAGAGGUGUCCUGAAGAGAAAAAAGGAAUCUGGGAAGCCAUGGCGGGUGAGGCGCAAGUAGAAGGGGAACUGAUAUCGCUGUAGAGCGUUCAUGCUUGAACGGAAGCGCUGUCAAGCGUUGAUGCUGUAUAGCAGAAAGAAAUGAAAGGCGAUUGUCGUGGGUUGAUAUAGGGCGAUGCUGUGCCAAGGACUCACACAGCCUCGUGACCCCUAUUCAUACCACAAUGAA